AAAUAGACCACUACACAAACUCUAAACAUCCACGCAUUAGAAUUUCAGCAUUUUGCCCCAUUAUACGAUCAUAAUAUCAAAAUAUGUCUUCACUAACUCCAGCUUACCCUAUUCCCCACCCCUUCGAUGAAGAACAGCCUUUCUUCUUCAACCCACCAGAAGACGAUCAGGACCUCCCACUAAAAGAGAUCCCCGGCAGCUACGGCGCGCCGCUCAUCGGCGCCGUCCUUGAUCGGUGGGACUUUUACUACAACCAAGGCCGGGACGGAUUCUUCAGCGCCCGGCAGGAGAAGUACAAGUCCACCGUCUUCCGAGCCAACGCCCCGCCCGGCCCUUUCAUCGCCAAGGACCCCAAGGUAGUCGUCCUCCUCGACGCCGUCAGCUUUCCGAUCCUCUUCGACACCACGAAAGUCGAGAAGAAGAACGUCUUCGACGGCACCUACAUGCCCUCGGUGAACUUCACCGGGGGCUACCGCGUCCUCUCGUUCCUCGACCCCUCGGAGCCGAAACACAACGCCUUGAAGAGCUACUUCUUCAAUGUCCUUGCUUCCAAGCACGACAACUUCAUUCCCGUCUUGGGAAAAUCCCUCACCGAGCUCUUUAACAACUUGGAAUCCCAACUGGCGAAGAGCAAAGAAGUGAACUUUAACCCCAUAAGCGACAACGCUUCUUUCAACUACGUUUUCCAAUUAUUCUGCGACAAGAGCCCGUCGGAGACGGGCCUUGGUGCGCAGGGAAACAAAACCGUCGACAUUUGGUUGGUCCCACAAGUGAUACCUCUCGUAUCCGUAGGAGUUCCCAAGUUUCUCCAGCUUGUGGAAGAUCUUUUGAUCCACACUUUUCCUAUCCCGGCUUUUCUCGUCAAGGGUAAGUAUAAGACCAUUUUCGAAGCUUUCUCCUCCGCGGCCAGCCCUAUAUUGGACCAAGCCAAGGACUUUGGGCUCGAGAGGGACGAGGCUUGUCACAACUUGAUUUUCCUCACGUGCUUCAACACCUACGGCGGGUUGAAGGUCCUUUUCCCGAGCCUGUUCAAGUGGCUCGGACGCGCCGGUCCCACGUGGCAUGCCAACCUGGCAAAGGAGAUAAGGAACGUGGUGAAGCAAGAAGGCGGGGUGGUCACUUUCGCGGCACUGGAGAAGAUGCCGCUGCUGAAGUCAGUGGUGUACGAGGUUUUGAGAAUCGAUCCCCCGGUGCCGUUCCAGUACGCGCAUGCCAAGGAGGACCUGGUGAUCCAGAGCCAUGAUGCGUCGUUUAAGAUCAAGAAAGGUGAGAUGAUCUUCGGGUACCAGCCGUUUGCGACCAAGGACCCGAAGGUUUUUGAGAAUCCCGAGACCUUCGUGCCGUACAGGUUCAUGGGCAAGGCCGAGGCGAAUCUCAAGUACGUGUACUGGUCCAACGGCCGGGAGACGGAGGCUCCGACGGCGGACAACAAGCAGUGCGCGGGGAGGGAUCUGGUGGUGCUGGUCGCUAGGGUUAUGCUGGUGGAGUUCUUUUUGCGUUACGACACUUUUACUUGCACGGAUGAAGUGUUCUUGGUGGGGUCAAAGGUCACCUUCACGUCGUUGACUAAAGCCGGGACAGUCAAGACCAAGAGCUAAAAUAUGGAUGAAAUUUGGAUUCAUUUGGAUCCUACGGUUUUAGUACUGCAGUUCUGAACUGAAGAUGGAUAUUUUCCGCUUCAAGUUUUUUUUUUUUUUUUUUUUUUAAGUUUUUAAUUAAUAAAACCUCCUCAAAGAGAGGUGUUGAUCGUCAUCAAUGUAGCCCUGUUUGGUAAAGUUCUUUAAUAUUGCUUUUUAAGUUUCAACUAUUUAGCACGUA